AUGUCAAACAUAGUGUCGAGUCCAGGUAUCAAGGACGCAGAACUAUUGGUAUCUAAAUCGACAUAUCUGAGACCCUACGUUUGGCCAUUUACGAUUAUAUAUCCCAUCUUUUUCCAAUUAUACUUGAAUCAUUAUGAUACUUAUUUCGUGGGCAGAGAAUGGACAUUUGUCUAUACUAUAGCCAUAGUAUCACUCAACUUGCUAUUCUGGUUAAUGCCUCAUUGGAAUAUUGACAUCAACUCCAAGUUCAAUUAUACUAGAGUUGACAAGAUUGAAGAUGCAACUUAUAUUAAAAUUACACCAGCACCAAAUUCAGGUGUGGGUGAGAUUAGUCAUAUUAAUCGUGAAACUUUCCAUGAUGGAGAGAAGCAAACUAGUUUCUUGUACCAAAAAAGAAGAUAUUUGUAUCACCCUGAAUUAAAGAAAUUUUCACCACCAGAGUUUGAAUUUGAUUCGUUACCUAAAUUGAGAGUUUAUCAAUCUACAAACGGUUUAAGUGGAGAUUUACAAAAGCGGUACAGAAACUAUGGAUUAAAUAAGUUUGAUAUUCCAAUUCCAACAUUUUUAGAAUUGUUUAAAGAACAUGCUGUGGCUCCUUUUUUCGUUUUCCAGAUUUUCUGUGUUGCACUUUGGUGUAUGGAUGAACAAUGGUACUAUUCCCUUUUUUCAUUGUUUAUGUUGGUUUCAUUUGAAAUGACAACUGUGUUCCAAAGAAGAACAACUAUGGCUGAGUUUCAAAGUAUGGGAAUCAAACCUUACGAUAUUUAUGUCCAUCGUGAUAACCAAUGGCGAAAAAUAUCCACUACUGAUUUGUUACCUGGUGACUUAGUGUCCAUUACUAGAACAAGUGAGGAUAGUGCUUUGCCCUGUGAUUUGCUUUUGGUUGAUGGAUCAGCAAUUGUUAAUGAAGCCAUGUUGUCAGGAGAGUCUACGCCAUUGUUGAAAGAAUCAAUCAGAUUAAGACCUAGUGAAGACAAUUUGCAACCAGAAGGAUUUGAUAAAAACUCAAUUUUGCAUGGUGGUACACUGGCUUUGCAAGUGACAAAACCUGAAAAUUCAAUUGUUGCACCAGCUCCUGAUAACGGAUCUCUUGCUGUUGUCACCAAGACCGGGUUUGAAACCUCUCAAGGUUCACUUGUUCGUACAAUGAUUUUCUCCAGUGAACGUGUUUCUGUUGGCAAUAAGGAGGCAUUUUUGUUUAUUUUGUUUUUGUUGGUUUUCGCCAUCAUUGCUUCGUGGUAUGUUUGGACUGAGGGAACAAGAAUGGGUAGAGUUCAAUCAAAAUUGAUUUUGGAUUGUAUCAUUGUCAUCACUUCAGUUGUUCCACCUGAAUUACCAAUGGAAUUAACAAUGGCUGUGAAUUCAUCAUUGUCGAAGUUGCAAAAAUUUUACAUUUACUGUACUGAACCAUUUAGAAUUCCAUUGGCUGGUAGAAUUGAUGUCUGUUGUUUUGACAAGACUGGUACUUUGACAGAUGAGGAUUUGGUAUUUGAGGGAUUGGCGGGUUUUAAAGAUGAUGAUAUCCAUCAUUUGUACAAGGCUUCUGAUGCACCAACUACAACCUCAUAUGUUUUAGGAUCAGCUCAUGCUUUAGUCAGGUUGGAUGAUGGUGAUGUUGUUGGUGACCCAAUGGAGCAAGCUACUUUGAGCGCAGCUCAUUGGACCGUAGAAGCAAAUGAUUCUGUCGAAAGACAAAAUGGUAAAAAGACGGAAAAGAUCAAGAUUUUACGUCGUUUCCAAUUCUCGAGUGCACUCAAAAGAUCAUCAACUAUCUCAUCAAUUAAUUCAGUCCCUGGUAAGAACUUUGUUGCUGCUAAAGGUGCUCCAGAAACCAUUCGUAAAAUGAUUGUUGAUGCGCCUGAUCAUUAUGAGGAAAUCUACAAAUCUUUCACUAGAGCUGGUUCCCGUGUGUUGGCCUUGGCUUACAAGUUCUUGGACACAAACGUAAAUGUCAACAAAGUUAAACGUGAAGAAAUCGAAUCAAAGUUACAUUUUGCCGGUUUUAUUAUUUUCCAUUGUCCAUUGAAAGCUGAUGCCAUUGAAACUAUCAAAAUGUUGAAUGAAUCAUCCCAUCGCUCGAUUAUGAUUACUGGUGAUAACGCAUUAACUGCUUGUCAUGUAGCUAAGGAAGUUGCAAUCACUACUAAAGAUGUUUUGAUUUUGGAUGUUCCAGAAGAACACCAUGAUGCAGAUAGUGCUGAUUUGGUAUGGAGAAACGUUAAGGAAACUGUUGUUAUUCCUGUUAAGUCUACUGAUAAGAUUGAUUUUGCCAAAUUGAAACAAUAUGAUAUUUGUUUGACUGGAUACGCGUUGAACUUGUUGAGUAAACAUGAACAAUUACUUGAUUUGUUAAAGAGAAGUUGGAUUUAUGCUAGAGUAUCACCAUCACAAAAGGAAUUUAUUUUGACUACGUUGAAGGAUGCUGGAUACAACACAUUGAUGUGUGGUGAUGGUACUAAUGAUGUUGGUGCAUUGAAACAAGCCAAUAUUGGUGUUGCUCUUUUGAAUGGUACUGAAGAAGGUAUGAAUAAGAUUAUUGAAAAUAGAAAGAUUGAAGCUACUAAAAAGGUUUAUGAUAAACAAGUUCAAUUGUUUGCCAACUGGGGUAAACCAGCACCUAAUGUGCCACCAAUUAUUGCUCACUUGUACCCACCAGGACAAAACAACCCUAAGUAUUUGGAAGCUAUGGAAAAGAAAGGCGUUACAAUUACAGAAGACAUGAGACGAGCAGUUGCAAUUGCAAUGAAACAGCCAGUAAAAGUACCACAACCAGGUCAAUCUGCAAUUCCGGCUGAUGGUGGUAAAUUUGCUGAUACUAUUCUUGGUGCAUUAAACGAUGCUGAAGCUGAAGAUGAGGUACCAACUUUGAAAUUGGGUGAUGCAUCAGUCGCAGCUCCAUUUACUUCGAAAUUGGCUAAUGUUAGUACUGUUACCCAUAUCAUUCGUCAAGGACGUUGUGCUUUGGUUUCAACGAUUCAAAUGUACAAGAUAUUAGCCUUGAAUUGUUUAAUUUCAUCUUAUUCACUUUCAGUGUUGUACUUGGCCGGUAUGAAAUUCGGGGAUGGACAAGCCACCAUUUCUGGAAUUUUGUUAUCGGUUUGUUUCUUGUCAAUUUCUCGUGGUAAACCAUUGGAAAAAUUAUCCAAAGAAAGACCACAAGAUGGUAUUUUCAACAUUUAUAUCAUGGGGUCGAUUUUGGGCCAAUUUUUCAUUCAUAUUGUUACUUUGGUUUACAUUACUCGCGAAAUUUACAUUAUUGAACCAAAAGAACCAUCAGUUGAUUUGGAAAAGACUUUCACCCCUUCAUUGUUGAAUACUGGUAUGUUUUUGUUACAAUUGGCCCAGCUGGUUUCUACAUUUGCUGUCAAUUAUAUUGGAUUACCAUUUAGAGAAAGUCUUACUGAUAAUAAAGGUAUGUACUAUGGAUUAUUGGGAGUUGCUGGUUUGACAUUUGCUGGAUCAACUGAAUUUAUUCCUGAAAUUAAUGAAGCUAUGCAAUUUGUACCAAUGUCGACUGAUUUUAAGGUUAAAUUAACCGGAUCAAUUAUUGUUGAUUUGAUUGCUACAUGGGCUAUUGAAACAGUAUUGAAACAUUUCUUUAUGAAUUCACAAGCUGCUGAUAUCGCAUUAAGGGAUGAGGAUUUUGAAUCAACACCAAAGAUUGAAACAAUUGAAGUAGUUAAGGACAAGAUUGAAGUAGAGUAG